AUGGAUUCUGCGUCCAAUCGGCUAUCAGAUCCGGCCCUAGAUGUUGUCGGGGGGCGGAAAUUCUGUUUAGAGGAAGAGCAGCAUGGAGGACAAACGGCCAGCUCACCAGAUUCUUACCAAGGCGUUGAAUAUCUCUAUCUAAAUUUUAAUACGACGUUGCCAUACCCCGUGGGCAUCUCUUCCCCGCAACCGGGGCAAACACCCCCACCACCAUCUCCCAACCUCACCAAGUAUGCUUCACCAUUCUUGUGGGCUGAGUCCCGCAAGACCGUCGUCACAAUUAUCUCCUGCUGUGUCACAGCCAUGUCGGCUUACGCCGCGGGAGCAUAUACCCCUCCUGCGGAUGAGUUGACGGUCAAGUGGAAUAUUAGUAGGGUUGUGUAUAACCUGGGGAUAUCCUUGUAUACUUUCGGCUUCGCCGUUGCUCCCAUGGUAUUGGCGCCAUUCUCGGAGAUUAAUGGGAGACGGCCGAUCUUUGUAUCCAGUGGUCUAAUUUUUACCGUGUGCUUGAUUGGAUGUGGUGCUACGGAAUCUUUUGCUGGUAUGCUUGUGGCAAGGUUCUUUCUUGGUGUUGGCGGAUCCACCUUUUCGACAAUGGUGGGAGGUAUCCUUAGUGAUAUAUAUCAUACGGAACACCGCAAUGGCCCCAUGUCGUGCUUCUCCGGGGCUGUCCUUUUUGGCACUGGCUUGGGACCACUUAUUCCGGGGUUCAUCGAUUAUCGCGCUAAUUGGCGCUGGAUUCAUUACUCCCAAGCCAUUGCUUCCGCGGUCUUAAUGCUUGUCCUGCUUUUCUUUCUCAAAGAAACCCGGGGGAGCGUGCUCUUGAGCCGGAAAGCUAAAGCCCUCAAUAAAUACUACGAUACGUUGGAAGGCGCAGGCUAUUGUGGCGUUGUGUUCAGCCAGGGAGAUGAUCUAAAGGGGAUGCAACAAGUUAGACGCAUAAGGUGGAAGGUUAAGAGUGAUGAAGAGCGUGAGACUUUAGCGAAGAUGAUCACCAUCUCUUGCUGCAGGCCAUUUCACCUUCUGCUUACUGAGCCGGUGGUAUUCUUCUUUUCGCUCUGGGUCUCCUUUAGCUGGGCGGUCUUAUAUCUCCAGUUCAUCGCAAUUCCCAUCGUCUUUUCGACCAACUAUGGUUUUAAUGUGGAGCAGACCGGGGCCGUUUUUGCAGCGGUCUCGAUCGGUGCACUACUAGCCACACCUUUGAGCAUCUACCAGGAGAAACUCGCUACGCGGGUGGGUAAAAUGUCAGGCACUACAGAAGGGCGUCUUUAUUUCACAUGCAUUGAAUCUAUUCUGCUGCCCAUUGGGUUAUUCUGGUUUGGAUGGACAUCCUUUCCCUCGGUCCCGUGGAUUGUGCCGACGCUGGCAGUGGGAUGUUCAACGAUCGGCAUCUUCUCUAUUUACUUAGCCACUUUCAAUUACCUUGCGGAUACUUAUCAUCGAUAUGCCAGUUCAGCGAUCGCUGCACAGUCUUUCUGCCGAAACGUUCUUGGGGCUGUAUUUCCGUUAGUCACCAAUGCCAUGUUCAACAAUUUGGGUUAUCCAGCGGCCUCCAGUCUCCUUGGGGGGAUUGGUGUGCUGUUGACGAUCGUGCCAUGGGUCCUAGCAUUUUAUGGGCCGCGAAUCCGCGCUAGAAGUAAAUUUGCGAGUGUACGAGGCCUUAGUCCUAAUCUUCGACAGCCCAUUGCUAAACAGCUGCUAGGAAAUCAUGAAUCAACAUUAGAGAUGCCCAAUAUCAGCGCCUGCUACAACAUCCAACCCGGCAUCUGA